CCGGCUGCGGGGCCUGCGCGCCGCGGCCCGAGCCCCGCCCCGGAAGGCCGCGGUCGGCGUCUCCUGGGAGCCGGAGAUGCAGGAGGCCGAGGACCUUUCCCGUUCCGCUUUACCUGUCGCUGGGUAGGGUGAAACGUGAGAGAAAUCCGGUGUGGACCUGGGCUUUGUAAGGCUGCUGGCUCCGCCAAGAGCAAGCCAGAAGCGAGAGAAAGAGGCGAGUCUGCGGCGGGGCCCAGGAAUGUGCCCGCAGGCGGCCGCCCCGGCUGCCGGCAGGACGAGGGCCGCCUCCCGGGUGCCGGCGGCUCACAAUGUCUGCCGCCUCCUCACCCGCAGAGUCCACGGCUUUUAUGCCAGAGAUGCUGGUGUCGCCCACAGAAAAAACUUGGGACUCCUCAGAAAGAUAAUGUGUCAGCCAUCUCUGUUACACCACUGUCUGUUUCAGGAAAGCACGAAAUUCAAGAAUGUAUGGACAACUCAUUCUGCAUCUCCAAUUGCGUAUGAAAGAGGAAGAAUUUAUUUAGACAAUUACCAGUGCUGUAUUAGCAGCAUUGCACAAGAGCCAAGAAUACUUUAUCAAAAGCCAAAGUGUACUAAGUCAGAAAAAAUAGAAGAUGCUUUAUUAUUGGAAUGCCCACUGGGGGAAAUGCUACCGAGCCCAUCAGACUAUAAAUCUUCCCUGAUAGUCUUGACAGCGCAGAACUGGCUUCUACGUCUCUGUGCUGAUAGUGGAGAAGUACUGGAAAAAAUAUACCUUGCAAGUUCCUGUUACAAAUUCAGGUAUCUGAGCUGGGAUACUCCUCAAGAGGUAAUGGUUGUAAAGUCAGCUCAGAAUAAGCUCCCUGCAGCAGCACGGCAGGCAGGUAUCCAACAGUCUGUAUUGUUCUAUCUUGCUGUAUUCCAAGUUUUGCCUCUAUCGUUUAUUGGAAUGCUAGAAAUAAACAAAAAGAUAUUUGGUAAUAGUGUGACAGAUGUUGCUGUUUCUAAUGGAAUCCUGAUUGUAAUGUAUAGCAUGGGUCUGGUCAGGCUCUAUAACUUCCAGGCCAUCUUGGAACAGUUCAUGGAACAGCCAUUUGAUUUGGGACAUGAAUUUGACUGGAAUGGUCAAGUGGGAGUUGUAGGAAAAUAUCCGUUUGGUCUACCAUUUAACGUUAAAAUAACAGAUACCCCACCUUUGCUAUUUGAAGCGUCUUCUCUGGAGAAUGCAUUUCAAAUUGGAGGUUACCCGUGGCAUUAUAUCAUCACACCUAACAAGAAAAAACAUAAAGGAGUCUUCCAUAUUUGUUCUCUGAAAGACAAUGUUUUGGCAAAAAAUGGCAUACAGGAUAUGAAAUGCUGUUCAUUGGAACCUGACUGGAUAUAUUUCCACCCAGAUAUGUCAGGCAGAAUAAUCCACGUGGGACCAAAUUUGAUAAAAAUCUUGAAGUUUAAGGAAAUUAACAAUAAUACAGAGCAAAUGGAGAUUGCAGAGGAUUUUACAAUUAUGGCCAACAGAGAAAACUCUGUGAACAAUACCGUUACUGUAACAGCUUCAGGUCGAGUGAUAAAAAAGCGCAUUAACUUGCUGGAUGAUGACCCAGAACAAGAGACCUUCAAGAUUGUGGACUAUGAAGAUGAAUUGGAUUUGUUGUCCACUGUAGCAGUUACUGAAAUAGGAGCUGAUGGAAAAGCACACCUUGACUUUCAUUGUAACGAGCGUGGGAAUCUACUUAAGAGUAUUCCAUUACUGGAGUCCUGGGAUGUGACUUACAGCCAUGAACUCUACUUUGACAAAGACCUUGUGUUACAUAUAGAACAGAAGCCCAACAGGAGGUUCAGUUGUUACGUUUACCAAAUGGUGUGUGAUACUGCAAAAGAUGAUGAAUGUUCAAGCCAUGAAAAAACACGACGAGUGUCUCGUAAGAAAGGAGGGAGAAUUUUUGAAUAUUUUUAAGCCAACAACUACAGAGACUUCAAUUGGGAUGUUGUUUAAGGACUUCAUACCUAUCAAUUAGUCAACUACUGUUUUUCAGGCAGGAUUUAAUCUGAUCAUUUGGUACUACAUGAGCUUUUGUUUCUUUUUUUUUGUCUGUAACACCACACACUUGUCUGUAGUCCAGCAUGGCUUUUCAUGUGUUCACCAGUUCAUCAUUAAUGCUAGAUGCAGCAUUUAUUACUUCUCUUCAACAAUUCAAUUGAAAUACUGGAUAUCAAGGUGAAAGAUGUGCACUUACUGAUCAUCUACCAUCUGCUGUGAUCUGUCUCUUUUAGAUUUACCUGUAAAACUUUAAUACAGACUGAUAAUUAAAUAGAGCAUGUAAAACAAUAGAGGAGAAAUUUUAUAUAUAGUAAGAAAAUUAGCAGGGUUACCAUUAAACCACCAAGAUAAAAUCCUGUUGGUUUUGUAUGAUAGCUAAAAUUACUCAGGUUUUCUGCUUGUUUCUUUGGUUUAAAGAGAAGUAUUAAUAAACAAUGUCUUUUUA